AUGCCACUAGAGAAAAAGGCAGAAAAGAAACUGUUGGAGCUGUUGGUGGCAAGAAAAGCUCUGUUUGUGCACCGUGAUUCCGCAGAGCGAUUUGUCGGUCAAUUCGAUGAAGAACGAGAUCAGUGCCAAAUUCCCAUUCGAAUUGAGUCGUUGGAUAGGACAUACCAGGAAUUUUUGGAUGUACAGGGCGAUAUUGAGAAGCUGGAUGAUCCUGAAAACUUAGACAAUCAUUUGAAAUCGAUGGUUCAUUCGAAUGGAGAUAUCCCAAUUGUAGCUAAGCUCCAGUAUCUCGUCCAAUCACUUGAAGGUGAGGCUCGAAAACCUUUCGAGAGUGUGAACAUGGAGGCAGACAACUAUGCUACGGUUUGGGAUGCGCUGCUCAAGCGCUAUGAUAACCGGAGAUUACUGAAGAAGCAGCUGUUUCGCGCAAUCUAUGACCUGCCAGGGAUUAAGAAAGAGUCGGCACAAGAACUACACGAGCUUGUUGAUGAGUUCCAACGACAUGUAAGAGCAUUAGGUAAAUUGGAUGAACCCAUCGAGUACUGGGAUACCCCACUCGUCAACUUACUGUCCUAUAAGCUUGACUCACUGACUCUACGUGCCUGGGAAGAAAAGGUCAGCCAUAAAGAGGAAGUCAAAUAUGAAGAAUUCACUGAGUUCCUGUUUCAACGUGUGCGUAUACUGAAGUCAGUGGCGUCCGAUGUCCAUCAACCCCAAUCGACCCUAUCAAAGGUGACCAGCAUAAGCUCAAAGAAGCAGUUUCCACUGAGAUUAGCAGUCAAUGCAGCUGUAUCCGAAAGCAAUUCCAGCAAGCCGUCCUGUUAUGCGUGCUCCGAGAAACAUUUCCUGUUCCAGUGUGAAACAUUUUCCAAUAUGCCAGUUAACCAACGCCGUGAACUGGUAUCUCGAAAGAGAUUGUGCUGGAACUGUUUUCGCAACGGUCACAAUGCUCGCCGUUGUAAUUCUAAAUUCAGCUGCCGGACGUGCCAUAGCCGUCACCAUACGUUGUUGCACGAUCCAUCCCAAUCAACGCCAAGUUCGUCAACUCAAGCCAUCGCAUCGAAUUUCCAAGAACCGCCGUCAAGACCACCUGCGGUGACGACCGCAGUUCCCCAUGGGCCAUCAACGUCUUCCCACCUGGUUAGUUUGUCGGCCCAAACGCAAGUAAGCACGGUGCUUCUCGAGACAGUAGCUCUUAAUGUCGUCGAUGAUGAUGGAAAGGUUUUCCAGGCUCGGGCCUUGUUAGACUCAGGGUCCAUGACAAAUUUUAUGUCCACGAAUUUUGCCAAGCUCCUCGCCAAUCCUCAAGCCAAAGUGAACGUUGAUGUUGCUGGUAUCGGUCAGUCCCUCAAGAAGUUGAAGCGAACCGUCACUGCCACCCUCCGGUCCAGAACGCAACCGUACUCCACGAAGCUCCAGUUCCUGAUCAUCGAUAAUCCCACAGCCGAUUUGCCUAUCACGAAGACAAGCUUUGCCCCAUCGUUACUUCCAGACAUUCCUUUGGCCGAUCCGCAGUUUCUAGAACCCAGAAAAGUUGAUUUGGUGAUCGGGGCCGAAGCGUAUUGGGAAUUCCACACGGGAAAUAAGAUGUCACUCGGUGAAGGUCAGCCACAAUUCGUCGAAACGUGUUUCGGUUGGACAGUUACCGGUCCGACACCCCACGAUCUUGCCUCCACUCCCAGAACUUGUUUGAUAUCCACCGCCGAUGACCGCUUAGAAGCUUCACUUCAAAGGUUUUGGGAAAUGGAGACUAUCCCAAACGAAAUCGUCAUGUCUGACACCGAAAAGCGUUGCGAAGAAGUCUACAACACUACUACUGAACGGAACAAUACUGGACGUUAUGUGGUUCGUCUUCCCAGAUCAAACGAUCCAGAUGUUGUGCUCGGAGAAUCCCGAUCCAUAGCUGAGCGCCGAUUUUUCAGUCUUGAACGCAGACUGGAACGGAAUCCGGAGACAAAGGCAGCCUACCACCAGUUCAUGACCGACUACGAACGGCUUGGGCACAUGAAGCGUCUCAGUGAACCUGUAGACAAUACGAAGACCCACUGUUUCCUUCCACAUCAUCCCGUCUUUAAGCUUUCCAGCACCACGACAAGUACGAGGGUGGUAUUCGACGCGUCCUGCAAGACGACAUCAGGCUACUCCUUAAAUGACGCCCUUUUGGUGGGUCCGGUCGUCCAAUCAGAUUUGUUGUCGCUUGUCAUACGUUUUCGCAGCCACCCAAUCGCCUUGGUGGCUGACAUUGAGAAAAUGUACAGGCAAAUAGAGCUCCAUCCAGACGACCGUCCACUUCAGCGGAUCUUAUGGCGUUUUCAUCCAUCACAACCCGUGGUAACAUACGAGCUUCAGACGGUAACAUACGGUACGGCAUCCGCGCCCUAUUUGGCCACUAAAACCCUACAACAGUUGGCCAAAGAUGCUGCUCAUAUCUAUCCCGCCGCCACAAACCCUGUGGCCAAUGAUUUUUACGUGGAUGAUUUGUUGUCUGGAGCCCCUGACGUCGAAAAAGCCAAACGAAUCCGCAGAGAAGUCUCGGCCAUGCUUCAUUCGGCCGGCUUUGCAUUAAGAAAAUGGGCCUCAAAUUCAUCCGAAGUUAUAGCUGAUGUUCCAGUAGAAGACCGAGCAAUUCAACCGUGGUUUGAUCUUCAGGAUGAGCAGUCGGUCAGCACCCUUGGAUUGAUAUGGGAACCAUCAUCCGACACUCUAUCAUUCAAAGUUCAGUUACCGUUGCCUGCUGCCAAUCUCACCAAGCGGAUUAUAAUGUCCUAUAUUGCCCGAAUCUAUGAUCCACUAGGAAUUGUGGGCCCAACCGUUACGAAAGCCAAAAUGUUCAUGCAGUUCCUUUGGGCGUUGAAAUCCAUCACUGGAAAACCUUAUGCAUGGGACGAUCCUCUGCCACCAAAACUGCAGUCCGAAUGGAAGGAAUUCCACGGAACCAUUGACCUCCUCCGUCAAAUCAAGAUUCCACGCUUUCAAUUACUCGCCAAUCCAGUCAACAUUCAGCUGCACUACUUCGCUGAUGCCUCCGAACGGGCGUAUGGUGUAUGCUGUUUCGUUCGUACUCAGUCCAGAAAUGAUGUGUCCACCCAUUUGUUGGCAUCGAAAUCAAAGGUGACUCCGCUCGCCCCAAGGCACACCAUUGCGCGGCUGGAACUAUGUGCUGCACGACUUGCUGUAGUUUUGCACAAAAAGUUCUCCAAUGGCUACAAUCGCAACCCGGCCGCUGGAAGACCUUUGUCGCCAACCGUGUUUCCCGAAUCCAAGAAGAUGCUCCGAAAGGUAUUUGGAAGCAUAUCGCUGGCGUCGACAAUCCGGCGGAUGAUAUAUCAAGAGGAUUAA